AUGAGCUUCGGCGGGUGGCUCGCGCAAGAGGCCCAGCACACCGCGUCGCAGGGGGCGCUCCUGUGGGCGGCGCGGACAGAGUGCCCGCCGUGCACCUGCAAGCCUUCGUUGGCGUGCGGCGCGGGCCAGGAGGCCCUGCGGCUGGAUUGCCCGGCGCCAGCAGGGGCCUGGCCACUGUCGGCCGUGCUGCUGGCCCUGGUCUGCGGGCUUGGGGCAGGCGCGGCUCUGGGGCGGCUGUUCGCGCCGCCAGCGCCGACCCAGACGGCUACCCGAUUCGAGAGGCUCGAGGAGGAGGCCCGGCGCGGCUGCAGAGCCAGUGACUCGAUGUCCGCGGCGGCCGUUGCCGCCGCGGGCCAUCCCCUCGCCACCCUCGGACUUGACGAAGGCGACUUCGUGCUGAUCAGGUACCAGGUGGGAGGAGCGCGGAUCUGGCAUGAGCGCCUCCUCCUGGCCUUCAAGGCCACCGCCCCCUUCGGCACGGGCAUUUUGACGCCGGACGGGCACGGGUACGUCGAGGCCAUCACCACCGGCGACGUCGACGUCGCGGACUUCUCGCCCGCGGCGGCCGCGCCUGGAGGCGCCCUGGCGCCGAUGAUGGUCGCGGCACCAGCAGCUGGCGCCCCUCAGGCAGCGGUCCCUGCUGCUGGCGCUGCCCCGGCCGCCGCCCCCUGGCCGCCUUGGUUGGAGCGCCCGGCGCUCCUUGCCUGGGCGCGGGCGGUCUGGCGAACGCUCUCGCGGCGGAUGCAGGCAGUCGUCUUGGACCCACAGGGCGUUCGCUACAUCGACUUUAGGGCUGCCGCGGUGCGCAUGCACGAGCUGCCGUGGGCCGACUGGCCGCUCAAGGGCCCUCGUACUCUGCUGUGGGUGCUGAACUACAUAUGCCGCAAUGGAGGCACACCACUCGGGCGACAUCUUAAGUGGAAGGUCGAGGCGUACUUGGACGAGGAGGAUCCUGGCGCCCCCGGCCGCCUGGGACUGGUCGCCAGCGCGACGUUUUCCCACUGCCCGUCUCGCCGGCUGCAGCUCCGCGCGGGGUGGAGCCUGUCGGCCGCCGCUCAGCUCGGCGCAGUGGUCUUCGUGCCCAUCGUGAAGAUCGCGCGGCAGCGCCAAGCCAUCAUGCACAUAGAGAGCAGCAUCAGGGAGUUGGGCGCGCCGCCGCCCGAGUUCACCGACAUUCGUGCUGCUCAAGACGGAGCCUUCCGAGAGCUCCUCUCCUGCGCCAACCUGCACGGGUCUGGCGCCGCCUCGCCAUCUCCUUACGUCCGCGACCGCGUCGCAUGGCCCGCUGGUGGCGCUGCGCCCGUCGACCUGAUCGACCUCGCGCAGCCUCAGGACAGGGCGUGGCUGGAGGGAUGGCAGAGCCAUAUGCUUCGAGAUCGGCACGCCGCCGAGGCCCUGGCACAGUCAGCCUGCCCACGCGGGCCCUACUGCGACCCGGGCCUGGUUCGGGACGCGAGUAUCUACGGCCAGUUUUUGAUACAGAUGCACCAGAGGCAGAUGGUCACCUUCGCGGCGGACAACGGCCUGCCGCACUCCGCCCCAGCCGAUGGCAUGCACAUCUCGACGUGCGACUUGGAGUGCGCGUUCUACCACAUGCGGCUGCCCUGCCGGAUGGAAACGAUGUUUACCUUACCUUCGAUCUCGGCGGCCAUGCUACAGGAGCUUGGCUUAAUCGACUUGGAUUUCGACCCGUCCACACGCGCGACGCCCAUGGUGACCGUCCUCCCGAUGGGUUUUUCGUGGGCGCUGCACUUCUGCCAGUCCGCAGCGCGCGCAGUCCUAGCUGCGAGCGGCCAUGAGAGGACCAUGACCGCGCUGGACGGUCAGCCUGGCGCGGUGGUCACUGACCCCGUCUCUGUCGGCGUCGGCGCCUACGUCGACAACAUCUUGGCCUUCGGCGCUGACAGGAGCGCGGUCGACCGGGCCAUGGCUCGGCUCGCGGCCGCCUUUCGCGCCCGAGGGCUGCCAGUGCACGAGAGCGAGCCCGCCGCACGGGACGCGGAGUUCUUGGGCCUCAGCCUGAAGCACGGGAGGUUCCUGCGCAUCAAGCCGCGCAACAUCUGGCGGCUGCACGCAGCGAUCUCAGGGCUCCUGCGUCGUGGCUGGUGCAGUGGCCACAUGGUGCGGGCAGUUUUGGGGCGCGCCACAUGGUCGUCGACGAUGCGCCGCGAAGCCUUCACUGUGCCCCGCAGCGCCUACAGCUUCGCGGCGGCGCACGGCGAGAGGCAGGGCAGGAUAUGGGCGUCAGCGGCAAAGGAGCUGGUCACCAUUCGGGAUCUGCUGCCCCUCCUGCACUGCGACCUCGCAUCUGGCUGGCACCACACGGUGACGGCCAGCGAUGCGUCGCCCUUCGGGCUCGGGGUGAUGCGGCGCCGCGCACCUCGCGCCGUCUGCGCCGCUGUGGGCCGUUGCUCAGAGAGGUGGAGGUUUAGAGUUGAGGGCGGGCACCAGGCCCGCAUUCGAUCACUGCGAGAGGGCGGUCUAGACCAGCCCAGCCCUGCGUCAGAAAAUGCGGCCCCUGCUAACUGCCACUCUACCUCUGAGCGCUUGAAGCCAGACGUCCAACAUGACAGCCCUGCGGGCCUCCAUUCACGCCCGCCGCCUUCGGGCACAUCCGAUGCCCGUCGUGACCCACAAGGCCAGCACGGGGGCCCGCACGGGGAGCUCAUGGGCCAGCAUGUGGACCCCUACGAGGAGCUCACGGGCAAGCACGAGGACCCCUACGACUCCAUGGGCCAGCACGGGGAACCCUACGAUGAGCUCAUGGGAUUCAACGAGGUGCUCGCUCAGCCUCCCAGUGGCGCCACGCGGGCUCAUCCUGAUGCAGUUUUGGGCGACCCCUGGGAGAUGGACGAGGUCCCCGGUCAUAUCACUCGGGAGGGUGCUUGGAGUUCGGUAUCAGCCCAGUCGGUCUCUACGGGGGCCAACAUACUCUACUUGGAGGAGGAGGCCCUGGUCACGUCGCAUCGGCAUCAGCUCCGCAGUCUGGGCGCUCAUGGGGCACGCUUGGUCGCACUCGUCGACAACCUCCCGCUGGCUCUCGCCUGCGCGAAGGGGAGGGUUCGGUCACAACAUUUGAGGUCGCGCUUGAAUCAGUUGUGCGCGUUGUCGCUCGCCACGGGCCCGAGGCUCUUCGUUCGCUGGAUCGCCCCAGAGACCCAGCUGAUCCCCUCAGCCGAGGGAAGCUCGGCUGGUUCAACGGCCAUCGUCAGCUCAGUCAUGCGAGGACUCGCCAUGGGCGCCGCGGUGCUCGCGCCGCUGUUCACGCACCCGCGCGAGGCGCGGGCCACGCCGCGACGGGCGGGGCCUACGCCCUCAGCCCGGACGCGCCACCGCGCGAAGCUGGCGUCGGCAGCGGCACGCGGGCGGACGCUUGUGGGCCCCAUGACGCUCCUGGAGCAGCUGGCGGCGCGGCCGACCACGGAGGCCCUCUAUCGCCAGCUCCUGCAGACGUUCAUCGCGCACUGCUCGGACCGCCGCCGGGACUGGGGCAACCUGAGCGAGUUAGACGACCUGCUCGCCGAGUACUUCACCCCUCGGUACAUCUCGGGGGCGGCGGCGAGCGUCGGGUCGCAGACUGUCGCGGCGCUGGCGCACUUCACGCCCGGGAUCCCGAGGCAGGCGAGCUCGCUCCUGCCCGUAGGCGUGGCGGAGGCGCCCAUGGCAGCGUGGCUGACGAUCGCGUUCUCAGCUUACCUCAGGCCUGCCGAGGCUCAGCGGCUCACGACAGACUGCAUAUCGCAGCCGUCAGCGAUGGCAGACGCGCAUGCGUUCGGCGACCUGGUCGCGCAGAACUUCUGCUUGCCGGUCGAGAAGGGCUUCCUCGGCGCCAAGCUGCAGCAGCUCAUCCCGGCCAGCCUGGCGGCCGCCGUCCUGUCCGGGCCAGACAGCAAGCCCAGGCGGGUGAGGACACGCACCCAGGCCAUGGGCAUCAGCGGCCUCUCGACCUCUGAGGCCGCGAGGCUGGCCACAGUACUUCCUUAUGGGGUUUGGGACCUCAUCUGCGUGUGCCUCGCCUGCUGCACGUUCGGUGGUCAAUGCCUGUACCUCUCGUCUCCGGCAGUCAAGCGCCUCCGGCGGCGCGCCGAGGGCAUGCUCACCGACGCGCUCGCGCGCAUCGGGUCCGACGCGGACCCGCGGAAGGGCAUGUCCGGGUCCGCGCUCAAGUACUGGGACGGCUUCCACACCGAGGCCCGGAUGCGCGGCUCGCGGCCCUGGGACCUGCAGACGCCGGUCGUGGAGCCGCUGCGCUUGGCCCUGCGCGCCGCCGCCGAGUGCGGCGCCGACAUAAAGCUGCGGGUCCGCGGGGAGGCGGCGAUGCUGCAGGUGUUGCAGAGGCUGCUGCAGAACUUGCUGGAUUGGCAGGAGGCCUCCGAGGCCGAUAUGGCCGAGACCCUGGACGGCGCCGCGGCGGCGCUGCGGGCGGUGGAGCUGCAGGACCCCGGCGGCGUGCAGCGGGUGCUGGAGCAGGUCCACGCCAAGAUCCACCGCGCGGCGCUGCGGGAGCUCCCGCAGACCCCGGCGGAGUUCCACGACGUGGUGGCCGACGGGGACCUGGAGAUGUGUGGCUGGUACCUCGACCGGCAGCAGGCGAACCCGUCGGCCCUCGACCCCAAGACCGGGCUGCCCCCGCUGGUCACGGCGGCCAGGGCCGGGGACCUCGCGAUGUGCAGGCUCCUGCUGGGGCACGGCGCCGACGUGGACGGCCGCGGCGCACCCGACGGCUGCUCCGCCCUGCACUGGGCCGCGCACCAGCGCUCCACGCGCGUGGCGACGAUGCUGCUCGAGGGUGGAGCCAACCCGCGCCUGCAGGACAAACGGGGCCAGGACGCGCUCAUGAAGCUGGUGCGUCGGGACUUUGACGGGCCGGCGGCAGGCUGCGCGUGGACCUGGGAGGUGCUGCAGGACCAGCGCCUGGCAGGGCCAGAGCUGAGGUCGGUCGAUGUGUCUGACAUAGAGAGCGCGAUGGUGGCAGCCGAGGCGGACGCGGACUGCGUCGGCUUCUCCAUAGGCCAGGUAGGAGGACGGAGGUGGAGAAGGAGGAGAAGG